AUGGUCAACGACAAGAGCACUGCACAACAUGUUGACACUAUCGAGUCGGUGAACAACGCUGAUCACAAUGUACCGUUGAAGCAUGUCAACAGCGCGAACGAGGAAAUCGUUCAACAUCUCCAGACGACUGGAGAAGAGGUUGGAAUGACAUGGAGAACGUUCAUGGCUGCGGCGUCAAUGGCUAUGUGCUACAACGCCUAUCUCUUCACGCUUUUGAUUCCACCUGCAAUCCUUACCUUUAUCAAUGCUGAUCUCGGCCCGGAUCCGCGGUAUACUUGGAUCACGAUUUCUUGGAACCUCGGAGGAGCAAUGUUCGUCACGAUCGGUGGGCGUCUUUCGGAUAUCUUCGGGCGCAGAUACUUUUUCCUCGCCGGUGCUGUUCUCUUGAUUAUCGGUAGUAUAGUAUCUGCCACGGGACAGAGCAUCAAUCAGAUGAUUGCCGGUGGGGCGAUCUUUGGAGCGGGUUCGGGUUUCCUCGAGAUGAGCUUUGGUGCUGUGCAGGAAAUCGUCCCCAGCAAGUACCGUCACGUCACCAUUGGCGUGUUUGAUGCAUCCUCCAUCAUCGCUCAGAUGAUGCCUCUCAUCAGCUGGGUAAUCAUCAAAGAGACGAAGAACUGGCGCAUCUGCUACUACAUAAUGAUUGCCUUCCAAACCAUCAAUCUGGCAAUGCUCUUCUUUUUCUAUCACCCACCGUCUUUCAAAGUCAAACAAGCCCAACAUGGAAAAUCCAAGCGCCAGCUGCUCCGGGAAUUUGACUGGAUCGGCCUCUUUCUCUUCAUUGCAGGCUGUACGCUCUUCAUCGUAGGUAUCAGCUGGGGCGGAACUCUUCACCCAUGGGUCAGUGGGGCGACUCUUGCACCCAUCAUCAUUGGUCUCCUGACGUUGGUUGUACUGGUUGUCUACGAAAACUUCACGACGUUGAAAGAGCCGCUUUUCCCUCCACGCCUGUUCAGGGCGAAGCGUCACUUCACCACUCCUAUGCUGGUAAUGGCUAUCGGAGGGAUGCAAUACUACUCCAACGCCACUCUCUGGCCUCGCCUGUCACAGCUUCUCUAUGCCGGCGACGAAAUUUCCAAAGGCCUGUUCGCCUCCGUCCUCCCCCUCGGUACAAUCAUUGGCGGUAUCAUAGUCAGCUUUAGCAAGUACAUUGGCCACCAACGCUGGCAAGUCAUGUUCGCCGUCGCACUCCAAACCGCCUGCGUGGGCGCCAUGUCGACCGCCACCAUCGGCAAUUCCGUCCAAUCCAUCAUUCUCACUUGCAUCAUCUCGGUAACGACAAGCGUCAACAUCCUCAACGGCAUGGUCCUCGUCGGUUUCGGCAUCGUCUACCAAGAAGACAUCGGCACCGCCGCCGGUCUCGCAGGGACUUCGCGCCUCCUCGCCGGCGCCAUCGCAACAGCCAUCUUCUCCAACGUCACAAACAACAAAUACGCCACCUCCCUCCCCUCCGCCGUCCUUGCCAACGUGUCCUCCUUCAACCUGCCCAGCGCAACACUCGCGAAGCUCAUCGCUGCAGCCAAGGCCAACACUGCCGCCGCAUAUGCGGCUGUCCCGGGCAUCACACCUACGAUCCGGGCUGCCGCUAGCCUGGGAAACAAGCAGGCGUAUUUACAAGGAGCGCAUUUGAGUUACCAGGUCGCGCUGGCGUUUGGGCUGCUCGGUGUGAUUUGCGCAUUCUUCAUUCCGAGUAUUGAUCAGAGGAAGUACACAGAUCGGACGGUGGCGGUGCAGCAGAGGGAUAGGAAGGAAUUGGAGGAGAAGAAAAUGGCGGGUGGGGCUUGA